GAGCCUAUGACCACCUUUUACAAGUGCUGCAACCACGAGUGCUCCAACCUGUGGCGUGAUUAGACACAAACUGCCUUCAAACCACCACUUUCUUUUUUUCAUGUUAACAUUAAUUCAUUAUCACCUUUAAUAUUGUCAAAUGAUCAACCCAGUCAUCCUCCUUGGGCCCAAGAACUCUGCAGCCAUCCUAAAAAAUGCAGUGGAGCUUCUGAAAUCGGGCAGUGUGAUUGCUCUUCCAACAGACACUUUAUAUGGGAUCGCUUGUCUGUCCCAAAGUCCAGAAGCUUUGAAAAAACUUUAUCAAAUCAAAUCGCGAGACAAGAAUAAACCGGUUGCUAUCUGCGUGUCGCAAGUUAGCGAAAUCGCCAAGUGGGGACACGUUACAGUAGAUGAACGUCUACUGCACGACCUUUUACCUGGACCCGUCACCCUUGUGUUCGAAAGAAGUCCUGCCUUGAAUCCUGAACUCAACCCCGGAACUAAACUUGUUGGCAUUCGAAUUCCGGAUUCUUGGUUCAUUCGUCAACUGGCGAAUAGCUGUGCUGAACCUUUAGCGUUGACUAGCGCCAACAUCAGCGGAUCUCAGAGUACCCUAUCGGUAGAAGAAUUUCUAGGGAUUUGGGAGCAUCUCGGGGCUGUUUUCAACGGUGGCCCUAUUCCAGACGGCUCUACCGCUCGACUAGGAUCUACUGUUGUCGACUUGUCAUCACCUGGCACCUAUCGCAUCAUUCGUCCUGGCUGUGCUCAAACAAUUACAGUGGAAAAGCUGAAGAAGUACGGAUUGGUUGAAGCUAGUGAACCAGCGUCUGAAAACGUUUAGCCCCCUCUUCUUGUCUUUAGUGCUUAUGUGUGUGUUGAAUCUGUGUAUU